AUGGAAUCACUAAGUGAUUUUCGUUCGAUGAUUGAACAGACAUUAACAAUGAUAAUAACACCAGAUCAACAACUAAUUGAAAAAGGUCAAACACAAUUACAAGCAUUUGAAUUACUUGAUACAUAUGCACUUGCAUUAACAGAAAUAACUAUUGAUACUAAACGUGAUAUAAGUAUACGACAAUUAGCUGGUGUUUUACUUCGAAAAUAUGUCAGCAAACAUUGGACAAAAGAUAUUGAAAAUUUUAUUGAACCUGAAGUACCCGAACAAGUAAAAAGUCAGAUACGUCACAGCCUUCCUCAUGGUUUAAAUGAGCCAAAUCAUCGACUUCGUGUUGGUCUUGCUUGUGUUAUAUCAGCAGUAGCCGAAUGGGAUUUUCCUGAAUCAUGGCCUGAAUUAUUACCAUUUUUAAUUGAAUCAUUAAAAUCAACGAAUAAAUCUUUAAUUCAUGGUUCAAUACGUGUAUUAACUGAAAUUGUUCGUGAUCUUGAUGAUCGUCAAUUACCAUAUGUUCUUCCAUUACUUUUACCUGAAAUGUAUCGUUUAAUGGUGUCAAAUGAAUUUACUUUACGUAUACGUACACGUGCUAUUGGUGUAUUUACAUUACUUGUUUCACUUGUACAUGAUAUAAAUGAACAUGAUAGAAUAUUAUCUGUUGGUUAUAUUUUACCAUAUUUAUCACAUUAUUGUGAAGCAUUUAAACGUUUUCUUAUUGCACCUGAUUCAUCAUUAAUGACAGAUACAGGUUGUCGAAUAGAAACAAUACGUGCAUUAACAUUAUUAUUUAAAAGUUUUCCAAAAUUAAUGCAACAAAAUGCAUCAGAUUUAUUACAAUCUGUAUGGACAUGUUUAACAUCAAAUACAGAAAAUUAUGUUGCUACCGUUGUAUAUAAACAUGGAGAAAUGGAUGCAUCAGUUGAUUCCGAUGGUGAAACAUUAAGUUUUGAAUGUUUAAUUUAUAGUUUAUUUGAAUUUGUUCAAGUAUUAAUGGAUUUAUCAAUGUAUAAAAAUUCUGUUAAAUCAUCUAUGGAAGAAUUAUGUUAUUAUUUAAUAUUGUGUAUGCAAAUAACAGAAGAAGAAUAUGAUUCUUGGUCAAAAAAUGUUUCGCGUUAUGUUGAAGAUGAAAGUGAUGAUUCAUUCUCACAUUCUGUUAGAUUAUCUGCUUUAGAAUUACUUUUGUCAAUAACAAGUGAAUUUAAAAAAGAAGCAGGAAUUGGUCUAUGGAAAGCUGUACAUCGUCAUCUAUCUCAUGCCGAAGCAUUAAAAACUCAUAAUUCAUCUCGAUGGUGGAAAUUACAUGAAGCUUGUCUCUUAGCUAUGGGUCGAUGUAAACAAUUAUUAAAUGAUAUGUUAAUUACUGGUUAUGUUAAAAUUGAUCUUGAUGCUUUUAUUCGACAAGUACCAUUAGCUGAUUUAUCUCAAUUUGAUUAUCCAUAUCUUGUAUGUCAAGCUGCAUUAUUUGCUGGACGUUUUUCACGUUUAUUAAGUAUAGACGUAAAUCGAAUAUUUUUAGAUGGAAUUUGUCAAUUAUUAGAACAUGCUCAACAUCCAAUUAUCAAUUUAUCAUCAUUAAGAGCAUUUUAUUAUUAUUGCGAAGAAGUUGGUGUUGAUCAAACAAAUGAUGUUAUUAAUUACCUUCCACGUAUAUUUGAAGGUAUACUUGCUACAAUGAGUCGCAUACCACAAUCAGCAUAUAUAUGGCCAUUAGAAUCAUUAGCUAUAUUAAUUAGUGUUGAUGAAAAUUUUGUAUCAACAAUUGAAAAUCGUUUAUCACCAUUAGCUAUUGAACUUUUUGUUAAUUAUGUACAAGAUCCAUUAAUUAAUGGUGAAACAACAGCUAUAAUAAAAGGUCUUGUUCAUAAUAGUAAAGUAUCACAUUUAAUUCAAGAACGACUUAUUCCAUUAGUUCAAUCAAUAGUUGAUAAUAAUUCUGUAUCAACAACAUUACCACGUAUAGCACCAAGUCUUGCAUUUUCAGUUCUUGAUCUUUUAACAACUGUUCUUCGUUCAUUAAAUCCUCCAAUAAAUUCAAAUCUAUUAAAUCAAACAUUUCCUGUUGUUAUACAUUUACUUUUAACAAGUGAUGAUCAACAAAUAUUAAUAAAUGGUGGUGAAUGUUUAUGUGCAUUUUUAUCAUGUGUAUCUACUGAUUUAUUUUCAUGGAAUGAUCCAAAAACAAAUAUAUCAAGUAUUGAAUAUAUUUUACAAGUACUUGCAAAAUUUCUUGAUCCAAAAACACCAGAAAAUUGUUGUACAUUUAUUGGAAAAUUAAUUCGAGGUUUUAUUAGAGAAAUUAAUAAAACAAAUCAACCAAGUUUACUUGGAGAUACAUUAGGACAAAUACUUAAAGCUGUUUUAGCUAAACUUCAAAGUUCACAAGUGCUUAGUGUACAACAAAGUUUAAUCAUUGUAUUUGCUCAUUUAAUUCAAAAUAAUCUCAAUGAUGUUGUGAAUUUCCUCACUUCAACUCCUGGACCACAAGGUAGUAGUGCAUUUGAUUUUGUUAUGUAUGAAUGGGUUAUUAAACAACAUCUUUUUUCUGGUCCAUAUGAUAUUAAAGUCAGUAUUAUUGCAUUAACUGGCUUAUUAGAAUAUGCUAUGACAAAUAAUGAUGUACGUUUUCAAACAUUAAUUGUACCAGGUGAUCAAAUAAUUUAUCAUCAAACAGGUCAUUCAGUUUCACAUCGUACACGUUCAAAAACUUCUAAACAACCUGAACAAUGGACACGUGUACCAUUAGUUGUAAAACUUUUUAAAAUUCUUGUACUUGAAUUACAAAAUCAAAUUAAUACACGUAAAGAACUUGAAGAAGAUGCAAAUUUUAAUGAUGAUGACGAUAAUGAUGAAGAUGAUAGUGAAGAAAAAGAUAAUGAAGAAAUAAAUGAAGCAAAUUUAUUAAAAUCAACUGAUGAUGAAGCAACAAAAUAUUUAGAACGUUAUGAUAAUUUACUUGAUGAUGUUUUUGAUUAUGAAUUUUUUCAAGAAAAAGAUCCAGAUGCAUUUAAUGAUCCAUUAAUGCAAGUUGAUUUACUUGAUUAUUUAAAAGAACGUUUACAUUUAUUUGCACGACAUUCAUGGUUUACUAUAUUUCAACAACAUUUAAAUUUAAUUGAACGUAAUGCAUUACAAAAAAUUUCUAUACUUCCAUAA